AGCAAUCGACUCCAACCAUAUAGCUUUACUCUAGCGCAAAACUGACAGUUCUGUCGCAUUAAAUCUGCAAGGAAUCGGACAUUGUUACAUGAUUACUUUUUCACUGUGACCCAGGGACUCUACGGCGAUCACUUAUUGCCCGCAAGAGGAGCUAAAGGCUACCAAAAAACAGACUGAAAUGGAAGACCCUGUUGGCACAGAAGCUGAAUCUGUGGUUUCACCACCAGCUGAUGCGCCCAAAUCAAAGCUGAAUGCACUGUCCAAAGAAGAUCUUAUCAAGUUUGCCAAGAAGCAGAUGGCCGCGUUCCAAAAAAUGAAAAGCAGAUGUGCAGAUUUGGAGAAAGAAGUUGCAACCCUCAAAGAGCAUUCCAAAAGCAGUUCCGAUCACUCCUUGUUGAUACAGGAGCUGACCGAGAGGAUGACUGCAUUAUCACUGGAGAAGGCGGAAACGGAGCAUAGCCUUGCGUUGUCUCGUAAAGAAUUUGAGAAGGCCAAACAGUUAGCCAAGGAUGACGUCACAGAGCUUGGUCAUGUGAUAGAAGACCACCAACGAACCAUUGGCAUGCUAAAGCUCAGCAUAGAGGAAUUGCACAGUAAACAUCAAGAAGAAGUGGCAUAUUUCCAGAAAUUACUGAAAGAGAGAGAAGACCGUGAUAAGGAGACAGAAAGCGAGAGAGAGAAACAACGCCUAUCCGAAGACGCCGGUGUACGUGAUGACCAGGAACAUGACAAAUGCCGCCUGAAAGUUCAGCUUCAGGCACUUCAAGCUGAACUCGAAACAAUCCAAGAGAGAAACUCAAAGGAGAUCGCAGGGCUACAGGAGAGUCACCAAAUUGAGCUGACUGAAGCCCAGCAGGAGGUGGAGAACCUGAAGGAAGAGCUGGGUCAGAGGAGCCGGCAGCACGAGGAGGAGCUGAGGGCUCUUGAGGAGGACUGUGAGGUAGAGAGGGAGCGUCUUCUGCUGCUCCAGGAAGAGCUGACUGAGCAACUAGCUCUCAAAGACGGCUACCUGCAGGAUGUCCAAGAAGAAGAAGACGAGGAGUCUGGCCGUAGCUCAGGAAUCGCCAAGAUGCUGGCGCUGUCUGCGUGCAGCCAAGCCGACUCCAGUGAGGUUGAUGGUGAGGCGACAGAGGGCAGACAGCUGAGAGCGGCCUUGGAAGACCUUCAAGCUCAGAACACCAUGUUACAAGAUGAGCUAACCCUGCUGAGUAACGUGAAGAGCGAGCUUGAGUCGGAGCUGGAGAAAGUCAAAGAGGAGUUUCAGAUGGAAAGAGAGGAGAUGGAUUUCAAAAUCAACGAGUUGCAGAUGAAUCGGGAGAGUGACCCAACAACAAUGACCCAAAAUCUCAUGAAGGCUGACACUGAGACGACUGGAUCACUUGAGUCCAUGCCAGUCCAAGACCAAACCCCACUGAAUCAAGACGAGCAAGAGAGGCUUCGGUCCCAGUGUGAAGCCUUGACCAAAGAGAGGGACUCUGCCCUGGCUGAUUUCCACCACACGAGGGACAUACUCAAAAAGUUUGAGACAGAACUGGGUCAAAAAACCAACGACUUUGUUCUCCAGUACAAAGCCAUGAAGGAGCAGGGAGCAAACACCUUACAGAACCUCCAAGACAAGAUAGAGCAGGUCAGCCAAGAGAAGGAAGAAUUGUCAGCCAAAGUCAGAGAGGUUACAGAAGAGAGAGAUAUUCUUCUGGGGACUGUGCAAGACCUAAAAAUGAAGAAUGAGGGUGACUCUGCUGACCAGCAGCAACUCCAGGCUUCUGCAAAGCAAGAAACAGCUUUAGCACUUGAGUCUGUGGAGAAGUUAACCAAGCAGAAUGAGGAGAUCCUCUCCCAGCUACAAAUCAAAGAGACCAUGGUUGAAGAACUGAGUGAGAUUGUGAAUACACUGACCGAAAAGCGAGACAGAGCACAGUCCUUGCUUCAACACCGAGAGGAGGAACUGCAGGAGCUUCAAAAUGAAAAAGCCAAACAUAUUGAGGUACUGCUGGAGGAGAAGGAGGCAGCGCAACUGCUGAGAGAAGAGACCGAUAGGCAGUUGAAAGUCUUGAAAACAGAGACGGAGACGGAAAUGCAGGUUUUGAAGGAGGCGAGAGACAAGAUGGAGGAAAGCCUGAAAGAGGAAGUGAGUAGAAUGGAGGAGGUUGUGUCCUCGCUACAACUGACUUUCAAAGAUGUCUCCGCAGACAACGCUUGCCUCCAGCAAAAACUGGACGAGACGUUAAUUGCACUUUCCCAAAGCCAGGAAGAGCGGGAACUUGUGGGCUCCAAGCUGGCGGCUGCAGAGGCUCAACUGGAGCAGCAGUCAUCCCAGAAAACUGAUCUUGAAACCAUGGUGAAUUCUCUGAGAGAAGAAGCUGAGCUCGCUCACAGUACAAUGACAGAACUGGAGAUCCGGUCAGAAGCACUUAAAAACACCAAGGAAGAAAUGCAGGACCUCCAAAUCCGCUUAGAGGAGCUGGAAAAAGAGAGAAACCUGUUGAGGAGUAGUCUUGAAGAGGCUCAAAGGGAAAGAAGGUUGGACGAGGCGAUUCCAAACGAGCUCCAGAGUUUGGAGGAGGAGAGGAACAUGUUGAGAGCCAACCUACAGGAGGCACAGAGGGAUACUGAAGGGCUACAGAAAGAUCUGCACGAUGUGAGGAUGCUCAGUGAGAAGCUGUGUGCCGAGAAUCAUACGUUGCAGGGCCGAAUCCAUUUGAUGUUCCAAGAGAAAGAAGAAGAUGGAAAGUCUAACACUGAGAAAAUGGAGCGAGAAAGUAGAGAAUUUAAAGAGCAGCUGAUGGAGAAGGACACGCUCAUAUCUCAGUUAAAGUCCGAAAUGACUGCUCUGCAGGAUUCUGCCAAAUCAGCAUUAUCCGAGGAAAGUAAAGUUGUGGAAAUCUCACAGAAGCUAGCUGAAUUGGAGAAGGCCAACAAAGAAAAGGAUGAGAAGCUCAACAAAAUCAAAACAGUGGCCGUCAAAGCGAAGAAGGAGCUGGACAGCAGUAAAAAAGAGGUUGUCACCCUCAAGGAGGAAAUAGCAUCUCUCAAAGCAGAGCGGGAUAAAGUGAACAGUUCCAUGAAGGACAUCAUCCAUGCCGCUGAAGUCUACAAGAACCUCCAGAUAGAUUACGACAAGCAGACUGAGCAACUGGAUAAAGCGCGAGAGAAGGCAGAGGUAGCAGAGAGACAGGUGUCUGACCUGACCAAACACCUCAACAGCUCUCUCACACAGGUGGAUUUGCUCAGCAGUGAGAAGGAGGACUUGCUGGCUGCCAUGGAGACCUCCAGGAGCACAGUGAGGCAGAUAGAAACUCAGAACCAGGAGCUGCAAAAACAGUCGGCCAGUCUAGACAGAGAUCUUGUUGCUGAGAGAGCAAUGAAAAAACAGAAAAUCAAGGAUCUUUCAUUGGCCAUGAAGGAGGUGGAGGAGCUGACAGCCCAACUCAGCAAGCAGCAGCAGCAGUCACAGCAGACUGCCCAGGAGCUGGAGCAUCUACGCAAGGAGGCGCAACAGAACUCUCUGCUAGACAUGGAGAUGGCCGACUACGAACGUCUGGUCAGAGAGCUCAAUGCCAAAAUCUCAGAGAAAGAUGAGUCUUCCGAGGAGUUAAAGGCUCAAAUAAGUAGACUCAAAGAGAAGGAGGAAACUCUCAAACAAGAAAUUGACACUUUGAAGUCCCAUUUGGACCAAGCGGCGGAGAAAACCUCCAAGAUUAAACAGUUGCUGGUGAAGACCAAGAAAGAUCUGUCUGAUGCCAAGAAUGAGGAGAGCUCUCUAACUGUGCUGCAGACCUCAUUAAGAGGGGAGCUAGAAACUAGUCAGCAGCAAUUAGAAAGUGCCAAAAUCGAGGUGUGUGGCUUGACAGCUGAGUGCUAUCAUCUGAAGGAGCAGCUCAGGUCUGCAAUAGAGCAACACCAAAGAAUCAGCAGCUCUCUCCAGCAGCAAAUCCACAGUCUGCAGCAAGACAGAGACAUGGUUAAGGCUGAACUUGUGACAACAACUGAGGAGUUUGAGGGUUAUAAGGUGAGAGUGCACAAUGUACUGAAGCAGCAGAAGAGCAAGCUCAACGAGCAGAAUGAAAGCAAUGCCAGCAGGCUAGAAAGAGAGCAGUUGUCGUCUCAGGUUGACCAGCUGAGGUCCAAACUGGCAGAGAACCAGAAGUCUCUGCAGAGCAGCACAGCGGAUCUGCAGCAGCUCCAGAAUGAACAUGACACUCUGCUGGAACGACAUAACCAAAUCCUGCAGGAAAAUAUUAGCAAGGAGGCCGAGCUCCGUGAGAGACUGCUGUCGGUGCAGUCGGAGAACGUGGAAUUGCGGUCGGAGGUGACUCAGGCUCAAACGGACUCGUCUUCAAAUAUUGAGGCCCAGCGACAGACCUACCGGGAGCAGCUGAGAAAGCUGCAGGACGACCACCGUGCAACAGUUGAGACGCUUCAGCGUCAACUGACCCGUGUUGAGGAACAACUGUUCGUCCUGCAAAAUCAGAGCAGUUCUGUGGUGGUCCAGUCCACCCGAAAAUCUCUUGAUGCUCAGCGCAGAAGUGCAGACCAGAAUAAUACGGGGCUGGUACCAGUGGUCAUGAGUGACCUGCAGUCUAUGGCCAGGGAGGAAUGCGAGGGCAUGGAGACCACAGAAAAUGAAAGCUCCUCCCCUGCACUUCUACCUUCUCUGGAGCACCUUCUCACAUUGCCGGACCCCAAACAAGAGCCGUUUGUGUGGACUGUGGAGCCCACCAAGGAAGAGCUGAGUCACAAGCUGAAUACAACUACACGAAGCCUGGAGCACAUGAACAGCCUCCUGCAUGAAACAGAGGCCACCAAUGCUGUUCUCAUGGAGCAGAUCAAUCUGUUGAAGAGCGAAGUGCGUCGGUUGGAGCGAAACCAGGAGCGAGAGAAGAGCGUGGCCAACCUGGAAUAUCUAAAGAACGUCCUGCUACAGUUUAUCUUCCUGCAGUCGGGCAGCGAGAGGCAGGCGCUGCUUCCCGUCAUUCACACCAUGUUGCAGCUCAGUCCGGAUGAGAAAAGCAAACUGGCUGCCAUUGCACAAGGUGAGGAGCAAGCAUCAGGGAACCGGGGCUCAGGCUGGUCAUCUUAUCUCCACAGCUGGUCUGGGAUCAGAUAGAUCAUUACAAGGCCUGUCAGCACAACACUGUAUUGUGUACUGCAUUGAGCGGGCACUCAAACAGGGACAAAUGACUUGAAGUUACAAUAUUUUGUAGGACAAAAUAGAAGGGACCAAGGAAUGUAUAAUGGCAAAUACACUGAUAGAAAUAGGGAACACCAAAAUAUAUAAUUUUGUUGCAUUAUUUGAAUUUGUAGCGGAAAAGUUAAAUGGCAUUUACUUCAUACUAGUAAUACUAGAGCUCAUGAGACAAACAAAAUAAACAAAAGGACAGGAGUGUUGGUCAUACCUCACUUGAAGUCUGGUUGCUCAGUAACUUUGUGAAGCAACACUUAAGAGUCCAUUUAAUUCAUCUACCAUUCACUAUUCCUCUUUAUUCCCACUCAUAGUUGCACUUGUCGAGCUACUAAAAAUGGAGAAUAGUGUCCACCUGACAGCACCAUGACUUGGUCUUUCUUCGUGUGGGGAAACUUACCCAGUAUGGACACGUUGUGGAAAGAUGAACCAAAGCAUAGAGGUAGUACUGUAGAGGUACAGUCCAGAGGUAGAGGUAGCAUAGUCGAUAUUUUAUAAAUUUCCGAUAUUCUAUUAAAAUGAAAGAAUGCUUGUAAUGGUUUUGCAUAUGGAGCCGUACAAUAGCGUAGAGUUAAAGGACAAUUGCAGAUACUGUAUUUACGUACAAUUUAAAUCCACUCAAAACUUACUUCCAUCCAUCCACCCACCCAUUUUAUUUUCAUGAAAAAUAGUAACUCACAAAACAUAACAGUUGUGAUUAUUGGACACCACAUGAUUUUUAGAUAUAAAUGCAUAAUUAGCUUAAUAGCAUUUUAUUCACGCAGACUAAUUUGGCACCAUACUGGAACUAUAGCCUAGCCUCUUGCUUUGCAACUAGUGUGUGUUAAGAAACAACAGAAAGCGUUCUAGGCACUCCCCACGCUGGUUAACAUGCGUGAUGGCGGUGGAUGCAAAAAGAAAAGCUCUGAAUCCGUCCAUUAUUAACUUAGAGGAUUAAUCAGGCGUCAUUUGUAUUUCUAUACAAAUAAAUGAACAAAUCAACAGAGGCAAUUGGAUAGAAAUCAAGAGUUAUCUACAAAAUGGUUAACAGAAAUAAUUGUUAAUAAUAGUUACUGAUAUUCUUGUUGUUUUUUUGUUGUUGUUAAUUUGGUCUCUGCUUUCUAUUUAUUUGGCUCUUAGGCUUCAUUGCGUUAUUUAGUGCAGUGUAAACAUGGUAACAAUUUAACAUGGUAACAUUUAAUUAUUCGGUAUUUGGGAUAAUUUUAUGGUCACUUUUUUUGUCAUUCCAGGCAGAUUUUUGUGAUUCCUUCAGCAUUAGCGAAUGUAUUUUUAUUCCAUGCUUUUACACAUAUUAGAGCAAGUAUAAAGCGGUAUCCACCUACACCGACCUAACCCUUUUUUAAAUCUGACCUAAAAUGGGCAUUACGGUGAAUACAGCAGGCAUUUGUAGGAUACAAUCAUCAUGAAAAUGUGUGUGCAGCUAACACAUCUCCUGUAAAUAAAACACACAGUGCAACAACA